UAAAACUUCGGCAUAUCUAGCGGUGGUGUAGCGGCGUCAAGGAGCUGAUUCAGAAAUUUUGGGACUAAAUGGCUACCACAAAGCAGUAAAACAGGAGGCGGGAGGAUGUCUGUGGAGGUGGACGUGAUGCUGCAGGAGGCGAAAGAAAGCAUUGAGGCGGCCCAGAACUACCGCAGUGAACUCCAGCAGCGCCUGCAGGGCCUCAACCAGGCCCGCAAACAGGUCCGGGGCAGCUCAGGUCAGGCCCGCGAGGCCCUCCGGCGCCACUUCACGGAGCUGCAGGCGGCAACGAGUCAGUUGCUGACGGAGCGAUUGGCCACCUUGCUGGCCGAGGUGGACACCAUCGAGGCGGACAGCGUCAAACCUCUAGAUGACUGCCAGAGCCUCAUUGAGCACGGGGUGGGCCAGGCCGACGAGCUGCUCAGAGAAGGGGAAGCAGCUCUGCGUUGUGGUCUCGGGGAGAAGGAGGACAAACUGGGCAGUUUCACCAAGAAGGCCAUGCACAUCCAACUGGACAGCCUCCCAGAGGUACCAGCGUUGGUGGACGUGCCGUGUGUUUCCGCCCAGCUGGACGACUCCCUGCUGGGUCUGCUGAGGGAACGGGUGACCCGCCUUGGCUCCGUCUCCUCCCACCCGCCCGUACAGAUAGAAGAGCUGCAGGAGAGACCGGGUGGCACCCUGGUCCGCUGGUGUAAGGUGGAUGAGGACUUUGCAGCAGCGGAUUAUCGGCUGCAGUACCGGCGCUCUGGCAGCGGGGGGAGCCAGUACGAGGACGCCUACAUCGGUCGGGACUGCGAGUUCCUGGUUCUCCACCUCGACCCUCACACUGAUUAUCUGUUCAGGGUCUGCGCCCGCGGGGAGGGUCGCACCGAGUGGAGCCCCUGGAGCAUCCCACAGACGGGUUACACCACACUCGCGCCGCACGAGUGGUGUCCAGGCACUGAGGGCUACAUCCUGAGCAGCAGGAGAAACAUCGCUCUACGCAGUGACUCCUCCCAGUCGCGCUGCCCCGUCCUCUACUCCAACGCACCCACCUACUUCUGUGGCCAGACGCUCACCUUCAAGAUGUCUGCAGCAGGUCCGAUGGAUCGGAGGGACAGUCUGGGUGUGUGCGUGGACAGCGGGAGGGGGGAAGAGUCCCUUCAGAGAGACCAGGCCGUCUGCAUUUCCACCAACGGUGCUGUAUUCGUCAACGGUAAAGAGAUGACCAACCAGCUGCCGGCCAUCACCGUGGGCUCCGCGGUCACCUUCGACAUGGAAGUGGUGAACCUGUUUCCCAUCAGCAACAACAACCUGAGCGAGGGGGGCAACUUCAAGCUGAGGGUGACCAUCGGCUCAGGGAACCGGGAGGUGGUGUUUGAUUGGCUGGUGGACCAGGCGGUGGACUGCCUCUUCUUCGGCUGCUCUUUCGUCCACUCCGGCUGGAAAGUGCUGGUGUUUUAACGGAUCCUUUUUAAUCCGCUGGCGUCCAGGAGCACGUCGCCGCGGGCUCGGUCAUCUCCAGUUUAAAUGUUUCUCUUCCGUUGUCCUACCUAAUAGGGUGCAGAGUCUGGAAACAAUCAGUCAAUUCAUCCCAGAAUUUCUUCAACAGCCGUUAACUUCCAAAUUUGCAGCUACCAGGGACGUCACAGGAAGGGCUUAGCCCCCAGGGUAUGCGUAACCCUCAGCCCGGUCUCAUGGCAGUUGGUGAUAUGGUCACGUCAUUGAAUCUAUUGAGUCGUGGACAGUGUUGCAGUUCCUUUCCCCGUUCUUCUUUUCCUAACCACAACCGUCCCGCUGUUGUGGCGUUUCAUUUCCCAGUUGUUGUGUGCCCCUGCGCCCGGGGAUGCGCCCGGAGAUGCGCCCGGGGAUCGCGUCCCACGUGUGGCGGUCCAUCCUGUUGUUGUGGCCGGCGUGUGGCGCCUCAUUUCCCAGUUUUUUUUUUUUUUGUACCCCAGAGCAGGUUCAAAAAUCGUGACCUGUACACGUUCAAAAUUUGUGGCGUAAAUUGUGACCUGUACAGGAAACAAUAAAUCAAAAUGACGUGACUAUUUCACAACCUGGCGUGAGACCGGGUUGUAACCCUCGCAGCUACUUGCAAUUCUAAAACCUGCCAGUUUACACCAAUGCGACGAGAGGAGACGGUUAGACUUUUUGUAGUUCGGUUCUAACUUUUGACUUUGACUUUUUUUUGUAGCUGGAUAUAUCAUUCGUUUGUGUCUCAAUAUGAAUGUGGAUAACGUUAGCGAUAGUGAGAUGCUUUGCUGCAGUUGCGUCUCUAAUGAUGAAUCGGCGAAAACCUUUUCUUUCUUUGGUUCACUCGUGCGUUGGUCGCUACUC